GCGGAGGAAUCUGUUUUACUUCAUGUUCUCGGAAUUAAAAUAAAACACAAUAUGGCGACCAUAAUACGGAGGAAUGCAUAUCGCCUUACCCAAAGGCAUUUAUUUAAUGCAAUUCAGAGUGAGUGUAGAGUCAUCAAUACUUGCAAGAGUAGAAGAUUAUUACACACUUCACGAUUUGUGGGAAGUGACAGUGAUCUAAAGCUUACAUCAAGUUGUGUUAAGCAACUUCAGAAAAUCCUGGAAGGAGAGGAAUUUCUCAGGGUUGUGAUUGAAGGUGGUGGCUGUGCUGGGUUCCAGUAUAAGUUUGAAGUUGACAAAGACAUUCAUGAAGAUGACAAGGUGUUCCAAGAAGAUGGAGCAAAGGUUGUUGUAGACAUUGACUCUUUAGGACUUAUAAAAGGGUCUUCUAUUGACUAUCAAGUUGAAAUGAUAAAAGCUAGCUUUGUUGUUCUAAAAAAUCCCAAUGUUGAGAAAGGUUGCUCGUGUGGCACCUCAUUUUCAAUAAAAAUAUGAGUAACUACAUUACUGCAAUUACUCUAUUUGAUAAUGCUAAGUGUUUUACUGUUAAUAUUUAUAUCAAAAGUAAUGGAAAAUGGAAAUAUUUCUGUUAAUGAGUAAUAUUAUUGAUUAUAAACUUAGCCUUGUUUUCUUUUUUCUAAAAAUAGAAUAACUGAAAAAUCUAUAAUUCAA